GGCAUGCUCAGUAGUGCAUCGUUGUUCGCUACAUUAUUCUCAUUGACAUUGGUGGUUGCCGUGGCUUCAGAUACAGCAAGGUCACAAGAGGCUAAUGGCGCCAAUGAGGCAAAAUUGUGGGCCCUCCUUGUCUGCGGUUCUGAUGGUUACAACAACUACCGCCACCAAGCGGACAUCUGCCACGCCUACCAAGUGCUGCACAACCACGGCAUCCCCGAUGAACACAUUGUGGUCAUGAUGAAAGAUGACAUUGCUAACAACAGCUUGAAUCCUACUCCUGGGGUGAUUAUUAACUACCCAAACGGCCCAGACGUAUACCGUGGAGUUCCCAAGGACUACACAGGGGACCUUGUAACUCCUUCAAACUUUCUAGACGUUCUUCAAGGCAAGAAAGUAAAAGGAGGAAGUGGAAAGGUAAUUUCCAGUGGGCCCAACGAUCACAUUUUCAUUAAUUUUGUGGACCAUGGUGCACCAGGUUUGCUCAUGUUUCCUGACGAAGUACUGCAUGCCAGGCAGCUCGUCAGUGCAAUCAUUGAAAUGCACGAACAAAAAAAGUUUGACAAAAUGGUUUUAUACGUCGAAGCCUGCAAGUCAGGCUCCAUCUUUGAUGGCUUGCUGCCUGCCAACGUCAGCAUCUAUGCCACAACAGCAGCGAAUCCUUUUGAAAAUUCUCAAGCCUGCUAUUUAGACAUGGGGAGACACACGUAUCUGGGCGACUGCUACAGCCUGCUUUGGAUGGGAGACUCGGAAAGGGCCGAUCUACGCAAAAGGACAGUGGUAGAUCAGUUUGAGUUCGUAAGGAAUGUAACGAGUACAAGCCACAUCAUGCAGUAUGGCGACUUUAGUGUUGCAAGACUCCUUCUGAGCCAAUUUCAGGGAAACAAGCGACAUAAGCCUAUCGUACACGCCGCGGCUCUCAGCGAUCCAGUCUAUAGCUACGAUGUCCCCGUUGUCAUUCUUGAGAAGAAACUAGCGAAGGCUUCCGACAACGCAACCAAGGAUUCAUUGAAGCGUGAACUGGAACGAACAGUACGUAAUAGGUCGUUUCUGAAAAGCACCAUCACAGAAAUUGCCAAGUUAGCUUCCGGAGGAAGUGCGGAGCAUACAACCGCUAUUCUAGGUUCACAACUACCUCUCAGAAACUUCGACUGCUAUGAGAAGGCGGUGCAAUGCUUCAGUUAUAGGUGCUUCAAACUUUCCAAGAACACUUACGCUCUGGAGUACCUCUACGUCUUGGUAAACAUGUGUGAAUUGGGAUACGACGUCAGUAACAUCACUCAAGCAUUGGAGAUUGUAUGCACUUACCCAACGUUUCACGGAAUUGUGUAGUACAAAUUGCUCGCGGGCUGAAACACAUUUAUGUUUGCCCUCUCGUUUCAAGCAAAACGUGCUUCAAGGAAGCUCUACGC